AUGUGCUGGAGUUUUCUUCUGGUAAUAGGUGUGCUUGGGUUUGUGGUUAGUAUUUGGGUUAAUGGGAUUAAACCUUGGUUUGACUUCAGACUGGGGUGGUAUGGGGUUAUAUUGUGUGCGAUUAGUAUGGUAUAUUUAGAUGGUUGCUGUGCAACAGGCGGACUUGAUAAGGAAUAUUGGCGAGAUAGUCACUAUAACGAUGGACAGCCCGGACAAUUGGAUUGUGCUGAUAUAAUCCCGGCCUUAAAACAGCUUGGGUUUCUAUUUGUAGCUGGUUAUAACUCUGGUAAUAUUCCGUCACUCUUUUGUAAUAACUUGGCUCCGUCUAUCUCGACCCAUACCAGCCGGUCAACCUCGAGCUUUUCUGUCCCGAUAGAAAACGUCCCGGACUAUUGGGUUGGGUUUUCACAGGGUAGUGUCUAUUUUGAACCGCCUGAAGUUAUAGAUAAGCACUGGGUUAAGCAUAUCCAGAGUACACUAAGAAUGAUUUCUUGUAUUAGAGUGGUCCAGGCUCAGGUGAGAUAUAAACCGAAUAGUCCUGAACUUCAUGGAGAAACACUGUGUAUUUUGUCUCGUAUUAUUAACAUGUUUGACUGUGAGUACUUGUCGAUUUCGCUGGGCUGGGAUAUAGCAGAUUUAAGUUAUACCAAUAAGAUAGACUAUACGGCUCUUCUGACUGAGGCCUAUAAUACCGUCCAAGAUGUAACUUAUGCCAUCCCCUGUCAGAUCAGUUUUGGGAUCAUCGAGCAUAGUGAUAUCUUGAGUUUAAUAAUGUCUGGAGUUGCGCCAUUGCGGCCAAUCUCAAGUGUCUUUCUGCGAAGCCGAUGCUUUGAAGCGAUUUCUUUGCUGGGUCAAUUAGCGCUAGCCAAAGACUACGUUCUUAUUAUUGAACCUUUAGCAGAGCUAGUACAUAUUGACUUUGGGCUACUUCUAAGCAGUUCCCCUACCUGUAGCCAGAUCACUAUUAACGACCAUCCAACAACCCGGAUGUUCAUAGCAGGCCUUGAAAAUGCUAUUAAGUUACACCCAGAGCUGAUCUUGUGUCUUAGUUGUGAUACUAUUAAGCAUCUGUGCCUUUACAAUGCUGCCGAAAUUCAAAUCCAUACACUAUUGGGGUUUGAGGUUAACAAAGACACUGUCAUACAUUUGGAGCAACUUUCCGGUAUGAACACAGCGUCGCCCAUUAAGAUUAUCGCGCAUAAAGUUGUAGCUGAAGUCCAGUUUGGUGUUCCAUGUCGGCUCUUCGACCACCAUCGAAAGCUAUACACCCCGACGAAUCUGGCUAAAAUAGGUAUCAAAGCAUCCACAGUCACAAUUUAUUAUAAGAAACCACGAGAUGACGUGCUUAACACCACACUAGCACUUUGUCAGAUUAACGCCCUGUUGAAACCCCCACAAAUAAUUUCCAGCCGCCUGGUUUUCUGCGAUGGCCAAAGUCUAAACGAUACCAAUUGGAGACUUGAUAUGCCAAUCUCGAUCGACCUUAAUCACCCCAAGUUUGAGGAGCACCUAGGAUUCUACAUUCGUAAUUCCAUUCCUUUCUGUCAGAAUAUGAAAUAUUGCGGCAUUGAGAUUAGUGGUUCGAAGGUUCCAAUAGAGAAACAAGACCUAAGAUGUAUUCAGGUUCUAUCGCUAUUCCGAAAUCUUGAUGUUAAUACGCUUAUGAUUCGGAAUGUCAGAACUAGAACCAGACCCACAUGCAACUUUAUUCUCGACCAUAUGAUGGAACUCGCGUCUGUUAAAGAUAAAUGGUCUUUUAAUGCUAAUCUUUUGGUGCUAGAUAAUGUUGACAUUUGUAUUGUUUAUUGGAUGCUCGCACAUUACGAGUUUGCCAAACCCGUGAAGAUAUAUAUGCUAAAUCAGCGGUUCAAGAACCUUGGUAUUGCUCAAGUUUUAAAUACACCUAUAGGCCAACACAUCGAGUUUAUUGCAAUCAAUGACUUUCUUGAACUAAAUGAAGUCAUCUAUUAUACGCAGGAAGAGAACAUUGUAGGCUUCUCAAUCUUCAAUUAUGUCAAAUCCCAUAAUCACAGCCACAUCGAGUCCCUUCAUUUAGAUAAGCUUCAUAUGAGACUAAAUGGUAUUGAUUUUGGUCAUUAUGGCGAGAUCUUAGAUGUGUUUAGUCGAUAUAAAAUCACACUGAUGAUUGGUCUACCUAAACUUGUACUUGAUGAGAUGUAG